GCUGUUUAAUGUGCUGCCAUUCUGAGUCCGCAACGCAGUUUAAUUGCUUGAUUGCUCUUUUUUUUUAACAAGCGAACGAUAAGAAGAAGACAUCUAGAACAUCUGACUUUAAACUGAUUAUUUGGUAUUCAAGACAUUCCUUUGUUCUUCGUUCAUUUACCUUACUGAGGCUGGCACUUUUAUCCGAUUAAACCUGAGAAACGAAUUCUUGAAACUUUAUUUGAAUAGUAUUUUCAUUCCUUAUUAGUUAAUAGCGCUCAUUCAAAAAUGCACUGGAUUUAAUACCUUGUGGUUUAUGCUUCAAUAUUCUGAUGUGAACUAGGGAUUUGAUAAUAUGAUAAUUUGUUUCCUUAUUAAGAAUUGUGUGAAAUAAUAAUUGUAAUCACAAUAAUCAUACUAAUAAUUCACAAUAAAAAAAAUAUAUAAAUAUAUAUAAUUUAUUUGAAAUGGUUAGUUAUUUAGUGAAUUAAAAUGAAGUAAUCUUUGACGCCCUAUUCACAUACAAUUCAGUCCAUCAGUUGAACCGAUUGAACCUAAUUCAAAGAAUUUCCCAUGCAUUAAAAAAAUAGUCGCUCCACCUAUCCAAUAAUAUUCCCUAACUUCAGAUCAAUAAACAGCCGCUCUGUUCCAGAGCGCUUCAGGCGCCGCAGCAGAGUCUCCACCAGCAGCAACGUGCUGACGCCCAGCCGCCAGGGAAGGGUUAAUAAUCCCUUUAGCAGGCAGGUGCCCCGCUGUGAGCCCCGAGCGCAUCAAAGUACCUCAAAAGUUCUUUCAACAACUCCAAGGCGAUCCAUAACUGUCAUUACCAGUUAGGAUGCCUGGCCAGCUAUGUUAGCAGUGGUUCUGCAUUGGGCGCUUGGAGAUCUUUCCUUUUUUUCCUUUACUCACGCAAAGUAUAAAUAGGAGAAUCCCUGUUGUAGUUGAAAUUAAGUGAUCAACCGAAGGGGAGCGACGGACCUCCAUCUGCCCCAUCGGAGCUCUUGGUUCCCAAGGCGGACACGUGAUGCGUCUUGAUGCUGGUUGUCUGAUUAAACCCAUACAUCUGGCUUACAUCUCCGACCAUUAACCGCUGGGUCCGAGCCGGUGAGUCAGAGCGUUUCUCCACUCGCUGCGUUCAGCCUCACGCUGGCCAUGUGGUGGAUGCUGUUCCCUCGGUGGAUAUGGUUCUUGGCGUACCUUUGCGCGUGGAUGGACCCUCACGCCACAGCGAUGCCUCGUGCAGCCCCUUCACAUGCCGGCAUCUGCCCCAACGAGAUGAACCCCAACCUCUGGGUGGACGCGAUGAGCACUUGCACCCGAGAGUGUGAACACGAUCAGGCGUGCGAGAGCUUCGAGAGGUGCUGCUCCAACGUGUGCGGCACCCGGAGCUGCGUGGCGGCGCGUCACGUCGACGCCAACAAGGGCCCCGUGGGCGCCCCCCAGGGGCCCACCUGCGCCGGCUCCACCUGCCCCCAGCAGGGCUCCACCUGUGACAUCUGGGACGGCCAGCCGGUGUGCCGGUGCCUGGACCGCUGCGAGCGCGAGCCGCUGUUCACCUGCGCCUCCGACGGCAUGACGUACUACAACCUGUGCUACAUGGACGCCGAGGCCUGCUCCAAGGGCAUCAGCCUCUCCGUGGUCACCUGCCGCUUCCACCUCACCUGGCCCAGCACCAGCCCCUCGCUGGCCCCCCGCACCACGCUGCGGCCCACCACCGCCACCCUGCCCGCCACCACGGCCCCGCCCGCCCCCCCCGCCCGGCCCCAGCCGCCCGUGCUGCUCAGCGGCCCCGUGCACCAGGCGGUGGGCGUCGGCGACACGGCCAGCUUCCUGUGCGACGUGGGGGGGCGGCCGCGGCCCGCCAUCACCUGGGAGAGGCGGCGGGACCCGGUGGGGGGGGGCGGCGCCGAGCGCGUCCCGCUGGGACCCAACACCGUGCGGGGCAACAUGGUGGUCACCAACAUCGGACAGCUGGUCGUCUACAACUCCCAGCCGGGGGACUCGGGGGUGUACACCUGCACGGCGGAGAGCCCCCUGGGCUCGGUGGCGGCCAACCACACCCUCACCGUGCUGCCCAGCCAGCCCCCCGCCGCCGCCGCCGCCGCCGCCGCCGAGAACGUUAGCCGCUGUCUGCCCGAGGCCUGCGUCAGGCCCCCCGGGGCCCCUGGGAACAGCAGCGGUGCGGCGGACUGCGGGGGCGACCAGGCGGAAGUCGUCUGGUACUACGAGCCCGCCAGCAACAGCUGCCUCUCCCUGACCUCCUGCCCCAGCGAGGGCCCCAGCCCGCCCCAGGGGCCCCGGGGGCCCCGGGUGUUCCAGAGCUUCGAGGAGUGCAUGCGGUGCUGCGGCCCCGAGCUCUCCGGCCCCUGCGGGCUCCCCAGACUGCAGGGGCCCUGCAAGGCGUACGAGCCGCGCUGGGCCUACAGCGCCGCGCUGCUGCAGUGCCAGUCCUUCAUCUACGGCGGCUGCCACGGCAACGACAACAACUUUGAGUCCAAGGAGGCGUGCGAGGAGAUGUGCCCCUUCCCCAGGAACCACCACUGCAAGGCCUGCCGCUCCCGGGGUCGCAUGGUGACCAGCUUCUGCCGCAGCGACUUUGUGAUCCUGGGCCGCAUGACGGAGCUGACGGAGGACGGGGACUCGGGCCACGCCCUGGUGGCCAUCGAGGAGAUCCUGAAGGACGACAAGAUGGGGCUGCACUUCUUCGGCCGCGAGCCCCUGGAGGUGACCUUCGCGGGCAUGGACUGGAGCUGCCCCUGCCCCAACGUGAGGGGGGCGGCGGCCGAGGGCCAGGUCAUCGUCAUGGGCCACGUCAGCGAGGGCGCGGCCGUGCUGCGGCCAGAGAGCUACGUGGGGGCGUCCAGCCCGCGCCGCCUACGGAAGCUGCGGGAGGUCAUCUCCAAGAACACGUGUGACAUUCUGAAGGACAUCACCAACAGCCCGCAGUGAGGAGGCCGCUAGCAGCCGGAGAGUCCUGCCCCCACGCCGGAGCUCAAAAUAACACAUCUCUAUGUUGUUUUAGGAGCUUAUUUUGUUAUUUUGUUUUUUAAUGUGACCUUUACAUUAACAUUUACAUUAACAUUUACAUUUAAGGCAUUUAGCAGACGCUUUUAUCCAAAGCGACUUAGAAUAAGUGCAGAAGUCGGAAGAAAGAGAAACAAUCUGUGGGUACACUAAGGAUGUUCAUAGAACCAAGUGCCAGACACUAACAAUCACUAAGUUAUCCCAUUCCCCGUAUACAACAGAGACAGCUAGGAUAAGAUGCUACACAAUGCUAAGUACUAUUUGGACUAUGAACUAAGGACUUUGAUCAACUCUCGCGGUGGAAGAGAUUUUCUGUUUCUGUUUUUGGGUUUCCUCACAGUUGUGGUUUAUUGAAAUACUGUGUUGGCGACACCGCUCAGUCGCACUCUUUUUAUGAAACCCUGGUUGUUUUGAUAACUGUGCGCUGCAUUAAACACUUCAAAGUCUGAACCCGUUGGCUGUCUAAUACAGAUGGCUUCAUUAUGGCCCACACACACAGUGUUCAGGAGGAUAGGUUUGUGCACAUGGAUAAAUUGUAAUUUAUUUUAUUAAUCUGCAUUCAUUAUAUUGCAGGCUUUUUGUGUGAUGCUUUGAUGUCAUUGCUUGUUAUUUGUAUUUUUUGUUGCUAUUUAUGAUUAAAAACUGUCUCUGAUUUUGAACUUUGCGCCCCUCGUCUUUUUAAGUUUGAAGAAGUGUUGGGUUUUCUACUCUGUUAGUACUUCUAUGUUCAUCAUUUUGAAAAUAAAGAUUUUCCCUCUUUCUUCUAAUUCCAUCUUUUAUUUCUCUCAUCAU